AUGUAUCAUGAAAUAUUUACAGACAAGCCCAAAUUAACUGUAAAGCCCCAGAGUUCAGUGUUCACUGGAGACACAGUUACUCUCAUCUGUGAUGUGGGACGAUCAACUGGACGGACAAUUCACUGGUUCAAAAACUUUCAGAGAAUAAAAGCUGGUUCUGAAACAGAAACACUGAGAAAAGUAAGAGUCUCUGAUGGAGGAAGAUAUGCGUGUACUGUAGAAAAAAAGACCAUACAAAGCCAAGGAGUCGUGCUAACAGUAGGAGGUCAAGACCCAAGCCUGUAGUGCGUUAAGCCUGAUGGACGUGUGUUCAGAGGAGGACAGACGGUCACUCUCACAUGUGACAUACAGGAGACAGACGUCACCAGCUGGAGCUACAGCUGGAAUAAAGAUGAUUCAGUGAUUCAUGUCAGUCAAUCGCAGGAAUACCGGAUCAGUUCUGUUAGUGAAUCUCACGCAGGUAAUUACAGCUGUACUGGAAGAGAAAAAGGAGGAUCACGAUACUCACACACCAGUGAUAAAGUUACGCUGACCGUAUCAGGAUCUUCAGGACUAGAAUUUUCAGAAGCUCAUGCUCUGAUAAUUGGAGUGAUUGCAGCACUGAGUGUCACAUUUCUGCUCAUGUUCUUACUGGCCCUGCUGUGUAGCCCCGCAGACCUGGGAUCUUCGAGGGAGGAAGCGCUGGAAUGCCGCCUCCUGAAACCUCGCAACGACAGUAUCGACUGCACCAACGAAGAGGCCAGAAGGUGUCACUCUGUAGCCACCAGCGCUGCUAUGGAGCGGCUGAUGGCUCUGGCCGUUUCCUUGGUGGCCCAAAGUGACAGGUCUGUGGCCCGACGUAGUUUAGCAACUAUGUCGGAUUCCUCAUCUCCCCUCUCAUCCAGGUCUUUUAGCAGGACGGCCUGGUACACCUCUGCCGCUGUGCCUCGGCAACAGGGGGCCGGACCCAGCAGAAUCGCGAAACUGGCAGCUUUCAUCGAAGACGACCACACCAUAUGA